AUGGCUAGUGCAGCCGAGCGUUUGCAACCCGAUGCAGGCUCUUCAUUCAUUGAAUUGAGCGCAUGCCCAAUGAGCUGUAAUAUGUCAGCUCGGGCACCUCGCAGCAAUUGGCUGAGAACCUUAACCCGUGAUACCAUGUUCGCGCAGCUGGUCAGCGAAGAUCCCAAGAUCUGGGUGGCUGAUGAUUGCGUGCCCCAGGAGUUUUUAGACCAUGUGGACGCAGCAUUUGCAGCCAAAGGCCUAGGGCCGCGAGUGGUCGAGAAGUAUGACGGCAGGCGCAUUCUUGCGCGAAAUGUUGACUUUGAAGUUGAUGAGCUAUCACGAGGAAUGUUUGAGAACAUUGCCAAGGUGCUAGGCAUCACUGAGCUGGAUCGCUGUCGUGACUUUAUGGUGUCAGAGGUGUGGGCAGACGGUCAGACAAGCCACGUAGACCACAUAAAUCUGGAUGACCUGGCGGCGAAUAAGUACAAUGUGGAUUUUCUUGACCUGAGCAAGCAGAGCUCUUCUGCCGGCAGCCCACGGAGGGUGGUUCCCACAGUCUCCAUCGUCGUUUAUCUCAAUGACGUUGGAGGCAUUCGGUUCCCGCAUGCCGCGGAUGAAGCAGGCACAAUUGCCGCAAAGUGCGGCCGUGUGGUCAUGUUUCAGAACUACGACGAUGUCCACCGACCGGCGCACAAGGCAUCUGCAGAGCACCAUGGUAUAUACUUCAAGGACAUGCCAAAGCGCAUCCUGGUGAUGGGGCUCUUGGCAAAUGAGAAUCCGUCAAUGGUAGGGUCCAACCCACCAUGGCAAGGGUUGCUUUACUGCGCCGGCACCAGCCGCGACCCACUCUUUCAUGACAACCCCUCCUACGACUGCUACAAGUCCACGGCUGCACUGAGGGAGAUAUAUGGUGAAGCUUCUCCACAAGUUCGGGAGCGUGAGUAUAGGGAGGAGCAAGUUGAGAAGGCUAAGGAAGCUGAAUGGAAGGCUAAGCUGGCCAAGCUCGUGAUCACACUAAGUGUUUCCUUCGCGAUCAGCGGGUCGACUUGCACUGUCGUGGGCCACAGCGCAGCGGGCGUGGAGAGGUGCAAAGUGACGUGUGCGACGAGUUCGAAGGUCAGCGCUUUGCGCGCUGCAAUCAAAAAGCCGCUCGCUCACGGGUGA